AUGUUAACCCGUUUGCUAUAUAUCCGAACACCGCAUGUGUUCCGCCGAAGUGCUUCGGUGCUUUCAAACCUCGUGUCCAAGUGUAGCUCGUGUGGGAUUCAGUUGCAGCUGACAAGUGCCGCUGCCCCGGGGUAUAUACCCUUAGUGUCUCACAAACCGUUCCAGAGACAAGAAGACACCAUCUACAACAAAUACACAAAACACCUCGAUCCCGAGGAUAUGGCUCUCCUUAAUCUCCAUCCGACGGCGGCAGAAAGUCAGCAUCCAAGACACAAACACACCUCCGACUCUCUGUAUAAGGAUUGUCUUCGGUGCCGCCAAAUCAAGCACAAGCAUCAGUUCAACAGCGUUGAAGAAACGCAGAAUCUUUCUACAACGUCGAUAAUCGACAAGGUUGAGCAUAUAAAUGGUCAAAUGGUUUAUGCCAUCAGCGCCAUCGACUUCCCCCUUGGAAUCAACAAGCAGUUGGUCAACCAGUAUAAACCAAUUGUGGUGAUCACCAAAUGUGACUUGAUUUUCCCCCAAAAAGAGACCAUGGCCAAGUUCCCAUUCUACAAGGAAUACAUGACCGCCAAAUUCGAAAUUCCGCCCACCAACGUGUUCCUAGUCAGUUCUCGUCGCGAUUGGGGCUUGCAGACCCUUAACAGCGUUUUGCAGUCAAAUCCACAAAAGUACUUUAUUGUGGGAGACAUCAACAGUGGAAAGUCGUCUCUCAUUUCUAAGCUUCUUUUGAGAGACCGGGGCGAUACCCGGAUGAAGUAUGACGUGUGGGCUGCCCGCAAUGGUCCUGGAAUCAGUAAUUUGCCCGGAUUUACCCGAGGUGAGUUGCAAUUCUCAAUCUCAAACUACGAGCUUAUAGACCUUCCUGGAUUGAACCACAUGAAUUUCCCUAAUUUUGCUCGACUAAAAAAUGUGUUCAAAGCACCACCGCUCUAUCGUAAAGGGUUAUAUCUGUCCCAGUACGACACCAUAAAAGGGGGUCAGGUGCUAGCGGUGGGAGGCUUUUUCUAUGUCAAACUUCCCGACAAUGGAAUGAUCUUGCAGUACAAAAACCUUAUCAACGUGCUGCCGGUGGUUCUCCGUGACACCGAUAGAAUCGGGGCUUUGGAGCAGAAACUCGACCCUUCGCUCACAAACAAGUUUCUUAUCCCUCCCACCACAAAACUCAGAAAACUUCUCAUUCCGCCGUUUGUAGGAAAAAUCGAUCUUGUGGUCAAGAACUUGGGGUACCUAGAGUUGACACCAACGGGGUCGAAGUCGGACAAUAAGCUCAUUGAGGUGUUGGUGCCGGAGAAUUUAGAUCUUCAGAUAAUAGUCAGAAAACCACUUGUAACUUACGUGCAAAAAGUGCUUAGUGGCCGGAACAAAAACGGAAAUGUGCUCAGCUUGCCCAACUUGUGGAAGUCAACGAAAGUUGUACAACACUACCGUAAUGAAAAGUUGUACAGUCGAUUAUACCCGUUUUUGCAGUCGCAGCAACAGUCGAUUGAAGCUCUUAGUGGGAUGCAGUAUGCAGAAGACACCGAGAUUACCCGAGAGAACUACGAUGCUUAUUGGUUAGAGUAG